AAAAUUGAAACAUGAAGGACUUCGACAUUUCGAAAAUUUUGCCGAUUUAGGAGUUAGGGUUCAACUUCAAACGUGUCGAUCCCUUUCAUUGGCCUUCUCACGCGAAAUUGAGAGCAGCUAGAUAACGGGAAAGUGAGAGUGAUAUAGCUUGAGAAGAGGGUUUGCGGAAUCGUCGAGUUUGGAGCUCUUCGCGAUUACGAAAGUUAAGGGCUUUGAGCCAAGCCGUGCCAGUUUUCUGGUAGCUGCAGACGAAGAAAUCUCUUGGUGGACCUUUGAAGAAAUCAUUGUGACCAUCGUAACUCGACGAACGGAUCUUUUGGUCGCCAGCCAUUUCCGUUAGAGGUGUAAAAGAAAGAAAGUCAACAACAGAAGUCUCUGUGCCAUUGAUCAGAAGAAGCGUCAUCGUCUACCUUUUUAAGAUAAGUCUUUUGUAGAGUAGUGAGAAUGUUUACUAAUAAUCAAAGACAAGAAGAACGUACUGGAAAAAACGGAACACCAAGGCUUCAAUAUCUACAGGAGCUUGUGAGUCAGUUUCAAAAUGCAACCGACGAAGAAACAAAAGAAAGAAUUGUGGCAAACUUGGCGAAUUUUGCAUAUGACCCUUACAACUACACCAUUUUACGUCAGUUAAAUGUCUUGGAACUAUUCAUAGACUGUAUAACAGAGCCAAAUGAGAAGCUUGUGGAAUUCGGGAUAGGAGGAAUAUGCAAUGCUUGUGCCGAGCCAAAGAAUGCUGCUACAAUUGUUGAGGCUGAUGGAGUCUCCCUUAUAAUCAAAUGUUUAUCAAGCCCUGUCCGGAACACUGUGAAUUACGCGUUGGGGGCUUUGUAUUACAUGUGUGACUAUAACAGAGCAACUAGGGAGGAGAUUUUGAGACCAGAAGUGGUGGAUCUCAUCAAGAGGUACGUGGCUGCUGAAUCAGCCAGUGUAAGCUUUAGUAACUUGGCUAAGGCGUUUCUUGACAAACAUGUUCAUGCAAACCCAUGACGUUCUUGAAAUUUUUAAAUUUUAUUGAGUUAGAUUCACCUUGAAAAGAUCAAACAUGUUCUCUCUUUUGCCAGUUUUUUUUGUAUAGCAAUGGGACAUAACGCAAACACUAAGAUGUAAGCUUUCAGUUAUCUUGUUUUUUAAAGCCUAAUUAUGCAUAAAAAC